CACCGCUUUGGUGGUGAAUCAAGAUUGCGGAGGUUGGAUGAUGGCACAGGAGGAGGAGGGAACCUUAGCGCACAGGUGUAAACAGAGACAACAACAUAUUGCAAAUGUAUAGGGGACCACGGGCGGCAAACGAGUGUUCAGACUUACAGUAAAUGUGUCUACCACUGAAAAGUUCUGUCUGAGAUUUAGCCCCGUGAUUCACACACAGUGGUGGGGAGAUGAAGUAUCCCCGUCGCCAUCUUUAGAACUGCCUGGCUGGCUGGGAGGAGAGGGAACUUGCUUGUAAGCUAGCUAGUCUAACUACUGGGAAGCUAGCUAGCUUGCGAGCACACUAGUUAGUUUUUUUGAACUGCAGCAGGUCAAUUCUUCGAUUGUGCGUACCCAGACCCUUUGUUUUUUUGGGCGACAGCAUUGUGUAAGCAACAGAGCCGGGGAAUAAAUCCAACUUGGACGUUUAUGCAGAUAACGUUAGCUUGCAAGCUAGCUCGAUUAAAUCUCAGCUUACACUCAAAUGUUCCCCGCCGGUGUUGGAUGCGCCCUGCCCUGACAGCACUGACAGACACUGACAGAGUGACUCUCCUUCGUUGGUCUUCUCGCUGCCACUGUUGGCCUAGAUCUCCCUACUCGUCUUUUUGACAGGUGCCAGUCUUCCGGCCCCCUCUGCACCCCCCCCCUGCCAGAUGAGGCUUCUGCUACAUCGGCGUCCGCCCCACGCCCAGAUAGUCCCGCCCCCCUUCCAGCGGCCCCCGGUUGUGGAACGGACUACAUUUCCCAUCAUGCCCACCUCGGUGCGGGCGGGCAGCCUGAAGGACCCGGAGGUGGCCGACCUCUUCUUCAAAGACGACCCAGAGAAGCUGUCUCCGACCUCCGGAGAUCGCCAUGGCAGCUUCGGAGCCGUGUACUUUGCGCGGGAUGUCCGGACCAACGAGGUGGUGGCCAUCAAGAAGAUGUCCUACAGCGGCAAGCAGUCAAAUGAGAAAUGGCAGGACAUUAUAAAGGAGGUGAAGUUUCUCCAGAAGAUUCAACAUCCCAACAGCAUAGAGUACAAAGGCUGCUACCUCCGCGAACACACAGCAUGGUUGGUGAUGGAGUACUGUCUGGGCUCAGCCUCAGAUCUUCUAGAAGUUCAUAAAAAGCCCCUACAGGAAGUGGAGAUUGCUGCCAUUACCCAUGGUGCUUUGCAGGGCUUGGCCUAUCUUCACUCCCACAACAUGAUCCACAGAGAUAUCAAAGCUGGGAACAUCCUGCUUACUGAGCCGGGCCUGGUCAAGCUGGCCGACUUUGGCUCCGCCUCCAUCGCCUCACCCGCCAAUUCUUUCGUGGGGACGCCAUAUUGGAUGGCCCCAGAGGUGAUCCUAGCCAUGGACGAGGGCCAGUAUGAUGGGAAGGUGGACGUCUGGUCCCUGGGCAUCACCUGCAUAGAGUUAGCUGAGAGGAAGCCCCCGCUGUUCAACAUGAAUGCGAUGAGUGCCUUAUACCACAUAGCACAGAACGAGAGCCCUACGCUGCAGUUCAGCGAAUGGUCGGAUUACUUUAGAAACUUUGUUGAUUCUUGCCUUCAGAAAAUCCCCCAGGAUAGACCACACUCUGAUGAUCUUCUAGGUCAUGCGUUCAUGCAGCGCGAGCGGCCCGACUCGGUCCUGAUGGACUUGAUCCUGCGGACCAAGGACGCCGUGAGGGAGCUGGACAACCUGCAGUACCGCAAGAUGAAGAAGAUCCUCUUCCAGGAGGCUCACAACGGGCCCACGGCCGAGACCCAGGACGGAGAGGAGGUGUCCGGAGCAGGCGCGGGCCACACGGGCACCGUCAGCAGCGUGGGCAGUAACCAGUCCAUCCCCAGCAUGUCGAUCAGCGCCAGCUCCCAGAGCAGCUCGGUCAACAGCCUGAACGAGGCGGCCGCCUCCUCGCACGACGACCGCAGCGAGCUGCACCUCAUGGAGGGCGACCACACCGUCAUGUCCAACAGCUCCGUCAUCCACCUCAAACCGGAGGAGGAGGAGGAGGGUUACCGCGGCGAGCGGGAGGAGGGAGGGGGGGGGCGGCCCUCCUCCCCGCAGGCCGCGCCCGCCCCCGCCCCCAGGAAGCACUACCGCAACCGGGAACACUUCGCCACCAUCCGCACGGCCUCGCUGGUGACCCGGGAGAUGCAGGAGCACGAGCAGGACUCGGAGCUGCGGGAGCAGAUGUCCGGGUACAAGCGCAUGCGGCGGCAGCACCAGAAGCAGCUGAUGGCCCUGGAGAACAAGCUGAAGGGGGAGAUGGACGAGCACCGCCUCCGGCUGGACAAGGAGCUGGAGGGCCAGAGGAGCAGCUUCUCCCAGGAGAUGGACAGGCUGAAGGAGGAGCAGACCCGCAAGCUGGCCAUCCUGGCCGAGCAGUACGACCACUCCAUCAACGACAUGCUGUCCACGCAGGCGCUGCGGUUGGACGAGGCGCAGGAAGGGGAGGGCCAGGUGCUGCGCAUGCAGCUGCAGCAGGAGCUGGAGCUGCUGAACGCCUACCAGAGCAAGAUCAAGAUGCAGACGGACGCCCAGCACGAGCGGGAGAGGAGGGACCUGGAGCAGAGGGUGUCCCUGAGGAGGGCCCUGCUGGAGCAGAAGAUCGAGGAGGAGAUGCUGUCCCUGCAGAACGAGCGCCUGGAGAGGAUCCGCUCCCUGCUGGAGCGCCAGGCCCGGGAGAUCGAGGCCUUCGACUCCGAGUCCAUGAGGCUGGGCUUCAGCAACAUGCUGCUGUCCGGCCUGGGCCCCGAACAAGGGCACAGCCAGGGGGGCUGGGCGGGGGAGGAGGGGGGGGGGCGCAGGGGGGGGGGCAACUGGCCCAGCGGCGGGGGAGGCGGGGUGGGCGGCGGCGUGGGCGGGGGGCCGCACCACCACGGGAGCCACCACGGCCACCCGCACCACGGGGGGUCCGGCUCCCAGCAGCCCUGGGGACACCCCAUGCUGUCUGGGGGACCGCCGCCCUGGAGCCUGCACCAGCCGGCGGGGGGGAGUCAGAGGGGGAGCGGCGGGGGGGUGGGGGGAGGGGCGAGGAACAGCCCCCAGGCUGUGAGGAGGGCGUCGUCGGGGGGGCGGAGCAACCCGGUCAUGAGCAGGAGCGCCAGCAUCACCUCCCAGAUCUCCAACGGGUCCCCCCUGUCAUACACCUAGACACACCUCACACGCCUGUCAUACACCUAGACACACCUCACACGCCUGUCAUACACCUAGACACACCUCACACACCUGUCAUACACCUAGACACACCUCACACACCUGUCAUACACCUAGACACACCUCACACACCUGUCAUACACCUAGACACACCUCACACACCUGUCAUACACCUAGACACACCUCACACACCUGUCAUACACCUAGACACACACACAGACCUGUCAUACACCUAGACACACACACACACACCUGUCAUACACCUAGACACACCUCACACACCUGUCAUACACCUAGACACACCUCACACACCUGUCAUACACCUAGACACACCUCACACACCUGUCAUACACCUAGACACACCUCACACACCUGUCAUACACCUAGACACACCUCACACACCUGUCAUACACCUAGACACACCUCACACACCUGUCAUACACCUAGACACACCUCACACACCUGUCAUACACCUAGACACACCUCACACACCUGUCAUACACCUAGACACACCUCACACACCUGUCAUACACC